UUUUACUGUAUUUUUGAUCAAAUAAAUUUAGCUUAUAGGAGAGCAGAAGAGACUUCUUUCAAAAAUGUUUUUAGACAAUUAUAUGUCCACAAUAUAACCAGCUUGAUGUAAAGUUUAUCAGACUAAUAAACAUCUAUCAAUACACCAAAAUAUUGUUGGCUCUCUGGCGAUAUGAAUAUUAGACGUCCUCUGAUGCUACACACAUUAUCCUCUUUCAGGAGAUCUUCCCUGUGUGCAUAAUUGACCAAUCACGGCAUCCGGCGCUUGUGUUUCCGGGCAAAACCCAUCCUCCCUCGCAGAGCUCUCUUAAGUAACACAGCCUCGUGAGUGGGUGUCGGGUUUCGCAUCGUCACUGUUGCAUAGCAACCGCGGUCGCCAACAGCUCGAACCCUCUUUUUUCCGUUUUCAAUGGAAGAGCAAAUGAACCAUAAUGCAGAAAUAUUUCUGCCUCGAAAAAAGAAGGUUUUGGAGUCUUUCCAGUCAAACACAUUCAGGAUCUUCGAUGAGACGGUGCCGGAGCGCCUUGACCCGGUCAGAGGUCACCGGAACCGCAGAUGUCCAGCAGGAGAGCCGCGGGAGACCGAGAGACGAAACAUCCCACAUCCACACAACUGCAGCUUCAUCAGGACUAAUGUCCGCUUCCUGAAUGAGCCCAUCGCUCACAUGGACACGGAACAGUUUGACUGGUGGUCCACCGGUCCUGAAGAAGCUCCGCCUGUGAAACCGGCUUACAGCGAAUCCAGCACUCAGAGAAGAGACUUCCAGCCAAUCAGAGACAUUCCUAUCAGAGCACGUGACAGCAGACCCGCGGCCAGAGGAAUCAUCCCAGCUCUGAGUCCCAUCGACCAAUCAGAACAGCUCCAGGAUGUUCAUAGACCUGAAUGAUUCUGGAAUUCAAGGAGAGGACAUUCCUGAUCUCAGAGGGGUCUUGUUUGCCCUCAGCAGGGACGGUGGACGUGUGUAUCUGUGGUUAUCUGGCCUGGUGUUCCUCCCACAGCCGGACCCGGAGACGAGGGGAAUCUCCGUCCUUUGGGAUUCCUAUGGAAGCUCUUUUCCGCCUCAGAAUAAAACAUUUUAAAAGAUAAUUGUGUCUUUUUAUCUCACAAUUUUGAGUUUACAUCUAUCAAUUCUGAGAUUAUUUCUAAGAAUUGCAUGAUAUAAAGUCAAAAUUGUGCGAUAUAAAGUCCAA